AUGAUAAUUGUUUACUUUCGGAAUAAUUAAAAGAAAUUUGAGUGUCGGGAAGGAUAGCUACGUACAUACACGACAAAGACAGAGAUCAUUCUACAAGCUAUGGAUAGAUAGUAACUGCAGUAGUCCCACUCUCACCAGAUGCCAAAUAAGGCGCAACUGGUUUUGCUGCUUCAUAUCUCAUUCUUAGCUGGUGUCGAACAGUGGGCCAUGCACGUUUGUCCCCUCUCUAGCUCUUCUCUCUCCCUCUCCCUCUCCUCCAUGGCUUUAUAUACGAACCUUCCCUCCCUCUAUCACCACAGCAUUCACAACAGAGACCCGGCCUAGGUAGCUAGCUAGCCUGAUCUACAUCUCUUUCCCUCUCUUAUAUAAUUCCAUAUUCAAAAGCCAUCAAACACUUUCAAAGAUUCGGUACACUGUUUCAGAAACCCAUCAAACACUUUCGAAGAUGGCCAAAAACGGGAAGCUAACAAAGCUCAAGUCGGCCAUUAAAAGAUGGCCUUCAUUCCCCAAGCUCACUCGCACCGCCAGCUCCGUGGCUGCCGCAAACGAAUCCGAUCAGGCGUCGAAGGAACUUCAUGCUGUUUACGUGGGAAAGUCUCGGCGGCGAUACCUUGUAAGCUCCGAAAUCAUCGAGCACCCUCUCUUUCAGGAGCUGGUGGACAAGUCGUCGACCGGUGAACAUAAUGAUGGGGUAGCGGUUGCUUGUGAAGUGGUUCUGUUUGAGCACUUGCUGUGGAUGCUUGAGAAUGCUAAGACUCAGUUGGGGUCCAUGGAUGAGCUUGUUGAGUUCUACACUUGCUGAAUUCGAGUACUGCAGUGAUGAUGAUAAUGAUGAUCAUGAUCAUGAAUGAUCAAACUCCAACAAGAUUCAAUGAAUUAGUUUGUAAAGUUUACAUGAGUAGGGUUAAUGGUAGCCAGUAGUAUGCGUGUAUUGUUUGACCGUUGGAUGAAUAUUUAUAACCCAUUUCAUUUUAUAAACGGGGAUUGUGAUGUUAAAGAUCAAUUGAUUAGGCUGGUUGUAAGGAA